AUGAGUGACCUCAUCCCCAAAUGGAACAUCGUCCAUAAGCUGGAGAAGCGUCAGCUUCUCAUAGCAGUCAAUUGCGUUGCGGCUUUGUCCAUUCUAUUCUUCGGAUAUGACCAGGGUAUGAUGUCCGGCGUGAACAACGCCAAAGACUACAUUGACCUCAUGGGCUUUGGCUAUACUAAGGUGGAGGACGGCCAAUUGACACCUGUGGUCACCAAUUCUCUGCUGCAGGGUGGCAUUGUCUCGGUCUACUACCUGGGGACGCUCUGCGGCGGCCUGUUCGGUGGCUGGCUGGGUGAUCGUAUGGGCAGGAUCAAGAGUAUCGCAGUGGGCGCUGUCUGGGCGAUUGUGGGCGCGAGUCUGCAGUGCUCGGCUCAGAAUCACAACUGGAUGAUUUGCGCGCGCUUCAUCAACGGCAUCGGCACGGGUAUACUGAACGCCAUUGUCCCCGUCUGGGCCACCGAGACCGCGGAACACACCUCGCGCGGGCAGUUCAUUGCCAUUGAGUUUACUUUGAAUAUUUUCGGUGUGGUUCUGGCAUAUUGGUUGGAGUUCGGCCUGUCCUUUAUCGACGACGGCAAGUCAGCCUUCCGCUGGCGCUUCCCCAUCGCAUUCCAAAUCAUUAUGCUACUAGUCCUGUUCUUUGCCGUCUGGUUCUUCCCCGAGUCGCCUCGCUGGCUAGUCAAAGUCGGCCGCGAGCAAGAGGCCAAAUACAUCCUGCAGCGUCUGCGCGGAGACAGCCCUGAGGAGCGGGUGCGCGCCGAGGCCGAGUUCCAGGAUAUCCAGAACAUCGCCGAGAUGGAGAAGACGGUGGUUCACAGCAACAACUACCUGUCGAUGCUGUUUGGGUAUAAGUCUGGGGAUUUGCAUAUCGGUCGUCGUGUGCAGCUCGUGGUCUGGUUACAAAUCAUGCAGGAAUGGGUCGGCAUCGCUGGUGUCACGGUGUACGCACCGACUAUCUUUAGUAUUGCUGGCUUCGGCUCGGAGAAGAGUCAGUGGAUUAGCGGGCUGAACAAUAUCUUUUACAUGUUCGCAACUCUUGUCUGCGUCUUCACCCUGGAUCGCAUUGGCCGUCGAUGGACUCUCUAUUGGGGCUCCAUCGUCCAAGGUAUUGCCAUGUUUUUGGCUGGCGGGUUUUCCCGUUUGGCUAUCAAUGCCAAAGCGGCUGGCGACAUGGGCAAAGCAUCCUCAUUCGGUGCUGCGGCUGCUUCGAUGAUCUUCAUCUUCACCUCCACCUUCGGAGCGACUUGGCUGACCGUGCCGUGGCUCUAUCCCGCCGAAAUCUUCCCUCUGGCGGUGCGUGCUAGAGGUAAUGCCUGGGGUGUAGUUGGAUGGAGUAUCGGUAAUGGAUGGCUGACCCUCCUGUGCCCGGUUAUGUUCAGUGCCAUCGGCGAGAAGACCCUGUACAUCUUCGCUGCCAGCAACGUGAUCACCAUUCCCAUGGUAUGGGCACUGUACCCGGAGAGUAACCAGCGGACGCUGGAAGAUAUGGACUUGCUAUUUGCCGCGAAGACCCCGUGGGCUUGGGACGCUGAGAAGAAUUUCGCUCGGCUCAAGGCUGAGAACCCGAGCAUGAUCCAGACUACCAGCCGCAAGAACAGCGUAGUGGAUCCGGAGACUGGCAAAGGGGUGGCUGUGAAGGAUAUUCUCUCCGAGACGGAGGACAAUAGUGUGGCGGCAGAACAUGUGGAUCGGACUUGA